AUGUCUGCAGUUAAACCUGCCACGGCAACCCCGGUUAUUGAACCUAGUAAGCCAUUAGCGAUCAAUAUGAUCAAUAUGCCAAAAUUGGGAGGUAAAGGGGGUAAAAUUCUCGGAACAUUAAAUAAUGUUAGUCCACAAGUAACCGGUAAAGCGGUUUCUGAUACAUUAAAAACGAUGGAUAAAUUAGGUGUAAAAGAUAAUAUUGAAGAAAAGAUUAAAGAUCAUGAUUUUGAAACCCCUGCUCAAAUUGCUGAAGAAGAAAAAAAAAUUACUAGAAGAAUUUUUAGGAUCGAUUUAAUCAUAUCUUACUUAUUAUUUUAUACUGCUCUAAUGAUGCAAUGGUUAACUUUAUUAGGUUUAUCUAAUAAUGUAGGAGGUUUUUUUUAUGAAUUUUUUAUUAAUAGUUUUAAUUUUCCUGAAUAUAAUUUUUCUUCCCUUACUACCGUUGGUAAAAUAGCAGGUUUUAGUGUUAGUUUACAGAUUAUCAUUUUCGUUUUAGUAAAUAUUUUCGUUCUUGGAAAAACUUUAACACAUAAAAAUAAUUUAACAACGACAUCAUCAUCACAACCAUCAAAUCAGCUAGGAAAUAGAUUUCAAUUUAUUGAUGUUUUAAAGAAUAAAUUACGUACACACUUUACAGCUGUAAGAAGAAUAGAUACACAAUUUUAUCAAAUAAUGGGUAUAUUAAGUCAAAUAUUAAUAAUUAUAGCUGCUAUUAUAUCUGCAGAUGAUAAAUUUUCUGCCAUAAAUAAAUUUACUGAUCAAGCUAAUAAUUUAGACCCUUCAUCAUUUCCUCUUAGUAUAACUGGUGGUUAUAGAAAAAGACAAGAACAAGCGGAAACACAAGAAAUGCUCAUUGUAAGACACGCAGCACUUUUCACGAAAACUAUAACUUCUAUUGCUAUAUUGGCUAUUAUAAUGACAUCUUUUAUGAAUAUAAUUACAUGUAUGGCAGAUAUUUGGGAAGUUAAUAAAAAUGAAUUAAUUAUUUAUAAAUUAUUUAAAUAUAUUACGAGAUUAAUGGUUUGUUACCCUUGCUUUGGUGAUAAAUUAUCUGGUGCUGAUGAAAAAAUAGAUGAAAAAACUCAUGAACAAGAAGACUUAAUGUUAGUCGAUAAAGCUAAUAGAAAGCCUCAAAGUGCUGAAAAAUUAUUAAUUGGAGCUCAACAGAAUGUUUUAAAAAAUCCGAAUAUGAAUGAUUUAAUUAAAGUAACUUUGGAUGGUCCUACAAAAAAUGAUAUUGAAAAAAUUUCUGGUGAAGAAAAAUUUAAAAAUGGGGAAAAGAAAGAUUUAAAUACUUUAGUUAAAGAUGGUGUUGAAAAUAUUCUUGACAAUGAUGAAAAAGAAAUAAAAGUCGUUAAUUCAAUUAAAAAUGGUAUUGACGUUGCUGAAAAAAUUUCUGAUGCCGCAACUUCAGGAGAAGGAGGAAAACCUAACAUUAAAAAAUUGGCCACAGAAGGUGUUCAAGCUGUCGUUACUGCGACUGGAGUCGAUAAAAAUCCUACAAUUUCUCAAAUUAAAACUGCAACAGAAAUAGGGGAGAAGGGAAAACUUAAUGUUGAGAAAUUAGUUACUGAAGGAAAAUCCGACGUGAAGAAAUAA